AUGUAGCCUGGCCUGCUCCUUGUCCUGACCCUGCUGGGCAUGGUUUCUGCCCUCUGCCCCAUCUCAGGGCACUGGGGUUGGUGGGGGGCCAGAGGGGACACUCCAGCCUGUCCCUACCCUCAGCCUCCUGGCACACUGUGGAGGUACCUGCAGGCAGAGAAGUGGUGCUUCAUGGUGGUGAAGGCAUUGCGCACCUACAAGCGUGCCCAGCUGAGAGGGAUGGGGAGGUCAGCAGGAUGCCAGGCUCCCAUGGGCGCUGCCAGCGUCAUCUGUGCCCUUCAGACCUACUGCCAGGACAUAUACAAGGGACAGCUGGCCUUGGUGCGCAUCACAGCCACUAACGAACUGCUGAGGAAGCUGGCAGCCACGUACACCUACUGCAACCUCUGGAUCAGGGCUGUCACCAGUUGCAAGGGUGGGUCAUGGAAGACAUCCUGGGAGGACCUGAGCUCCUGGAACUAUGCAAACUGGGCCAGCAGGCAGCCCUGCCGAUGGUACAGAACCUGCACCGUGUUCAACCCCAAAGAUGGGCUCUGGAGAAGUAGAGCAUGCUUCCUGCUGCGCUUGUUCCUCUGUCAGCACUGA